AUGCCCCACCGUCUCGACGAAUUCCCCGAUGAAGUCCUAUGUCUUAUUAUAGAAAGCUUCCACCCCUCUGAGCGCUUCCUUCUGGCGGGUCUACUACGCACAAAUAAACACCUGUACACAAUCUUCCUGCCCUACUUAUACACCCUGCAAACAGCCACCGCAGCGCUCAUUUGGGCUGCCCGAUACGACAAAAUCGACUGUGCCAAAAAUGCAAUCCGCGAAGGCGCGCACUGGUGCCAUGAAGAGCCAGAAACAGUCCACCCGGACCUCAGGACCUUCACACCCCACCCCGAAGCCGGCGCUCUGUACACAGCCUGCAAAUAUGGGAACCUAGAAGUCGUAAAACUCGUCCUCGGUACGUUCCCCGCGAAAAUCGUGAGGAAAGAUAGGGACAAAUGGCGAGUCCGAUGUCUCGCCGCCGCCGCCAGCCACUUCGGAAGCUUUGAUAUCGUGGACUACCUUCUCAACCACACUACCGCCGACAUCCGCUGGACCGACGUAGAUGGCUGGAAUACGCUGAUGUGGGCGUGCGUCUCCGGAAAUCCGUGGACUGUGCAAAGACUCCUGCGCCAUCCGCUCGUCAACAUCAACCGCCGCAGUUCCAACGCGGAUUUCACUCCACUAGCAAUCGCGGUGUAUUACAACCGGGAAAGAGUUGUGGAAAAGCUGGCAGAAGACCCUCGGCUCGAUCUAGACGCAUGUCGGGAGGAUCUCCUCCAGGACGCAGUGAUGCACAAGCAAUACGAGAUCCUGCAGACGCUCAUCGCCCUAUACAACUCCCAGCGAAUGUUGCAAGGGGAGAGCGUAUAUUUGGGUCUCAGCCAGGCGAUUCGGCAGCUCGAUCCCGUGGCGCUACACAUGUUCCGUGCCGGUUUCGAUGAAAACCCGCAGUUCAGUAUCAACUAUCGCCCGUGGAGCUUCUCAGAGCCGCUGCUCUGGGUAGCGCUGUUGAGGAAGACCAACAAGGUCAUUCUCCCGCUAUUCCAGUUUAGGGGGCUCAAAGUGAACGUCUGGAGUAAGGAAGAGGGCGCCACGACAUUAAUAUAUGCAAUUCGGCAGGCACUGAACACAGUAGCGCGGGCACUCGUCCAUCGUCAAUGCAGCCUCAACGCAAGGGACUCGAAGUACGGCCGCACAGCGCUGAUGUGGGCGGUGAUAAACGGGAAUGCACCGAUGGUCUCGUUGCUUCUAUCGAGGCCCGGGAUUAACGUAUGCCUCAGAGACCACAGCUACAUGACGGCGCUCACCUACGCGACGACGGGUCGACGAUACGAUGUGAUGAGGUUGUUAUUGGCGCACAACAAUAUCAGCGUCAAUAUGCGAGACGGAGAUGGUAUGACGCCGCUGAUGCGAGCGAUUUCGAGACGGAAUUAUGGGAUGGCGAGGUUAUUGUUGGAUAUGGAUGGGAUUGAUUUCAAUAUUAUAGAUAAUGAUGGGAAUACGGUGUUGCAGCUGGCGGAGAAGGGUGCUUCGAGGAGUGUGUUUGCGAAGAUGGUCAGGACGAGAAUGAGGAAUAGGAAGUUGCCGCGUUUUUACCACGAGCCGAGACUCUGA